UGAAUAGCAGACACAAAACUGUUUAUGACUCUCCUGCAUGAUUGCAUGAUUUCUCAAAACAAUUACUUUUCCUAAUAUCUAAAGGACAGAUGCAAAAAUAAAAGAGCUGUAAUACACUGGAAUGCAGCUUCAAUUGGGGCUACAAGAGCUUCCAAAACCACACCUGACAAUGUGCAGUCUUAAAUGCUGGAGUCUCAGAGCCCUUUUUCUGUUGAUGAUGUGUAGGUCAAUGCAAAUUUCCAAAGCUGAAGGAAAAGGUGAAAUUCUACCUCCAACUAUACAAAAAAUAAUAAAAGGGUACAACAAGUAUCUACGUCCAUUUUUUGAUAAUGGUCCCGUGUCAGUUGGAAUGAGUCUGGAUAUUGCAAGCAUUGAUACGAUAUCAGAAAUAAAUAUGGACUACACAGCUACCAUAUUUCUAAGGCAGCGAUGGACUGAUGAGAGACUUUGUUUCGAUGGUAAUAAAAGUUUAAGCUUAGAUGGUCGGCUGGUGGAAAUGCUUUGGGUACCAGAUACCUUCAUAGUUGAUUCAAAAAAGUCUUUUCUUCAUGAUAUCACUGUUGAGAAUCGUCUUAUAAGAAUAUACCCUAAUGGAACAGUCUUGUAUGCUCUACGGAUCACCACAACUGUUGCAUGCAGCAUGGAUCUGACCAAGUAUCCGAUGGAUAAGCAGACGUGUACUUUGCAACUGGAAAGCUGGGGUUAUAACAUCAAUGAUGUCAUGUUUUACUGGACUAGAGGAAAUGAUUCAGUUCGAGGUUUGGACACACUCCAACUGGCACAAUACACAGUAGAAGACCACUUCACAUCUGUGUCUGAAGCAGUAUAUGAGACAGGACGUUACCCAAAACUAGUGUUUCACUUUGAACUGAAGAGAAACAUCUUGUAUUUCAUACUAGAGACAUAUGUGCCAUCAAUCCUGUUGGUUGUGCUCUCCUGGGUAUCAUUUUGGAUAAGCCAGUCAUCAGUUCCAGCCAGAAUCUGCAUAGGUGUUACCACAGUACUGACUAUGACAACACUGAUGAUGGGAGCCAGGACUUCACUCCCAAACGCUAAUUGCUUUAUUAAGGCAAUUGAUGUCUACCUUGGUAUCUGCUUCAGUUUCAUCUUUGGAGCACUGUUAGAGUAUGCAGUGGCUCAUUUCUGCACUUUGCAUCGACUCAGUUCAAAGGAAGUUCCAAAGGAUGAGGAUGAAGAGGCUGAAGAAGAGAGGAAUGGAGUCUUGGCAGCAGUCACUAACAGUUGCAGUACCCCUGACAAUAUAAACAAGAUCGAUUCAAACAGAAGCAGCAAAACCAACACUGACGGAAAAAGGGAGAGAAGUAAACACAGUGGGUACACUUCACUGAUGUCAGUAAUGAAAAGACUUUUUUGCAUCUUUGAUUGCUUCCAUGUUAAGAAUCCUUACCACAUAGACAACUACGCCAGAUUUUCUUUCCCGUUAUCAUUCAUCAUAAUUAAUGUGUUAUAUUGGGUAUAUUAUUUGUAUUUUUAAAUAUUUUAAUGUGUAAAAUCUGUUUAAAGUUUAGGAAGUGGAUAUGGGAGGGGAGGUUGCAGAAGAAAGAAGUUGCAUUUGGAUAAAGGGAUAUGAAAGGACAUGCCGUCUUUUCAAGCAUUUCGAUAAAGUUUCUUGUUAACUCACUUUUCCACUGUUAAAUGACUGUCACCCAAAACUGACUUUCCUAUUAGCAUGCAUGUCCCAUCUUAAACUAUUUAUCAA